AUGUCCGCAGAAACUAAAUCUAAAUGGAUUUGCUUGAACUGUAAGUCAGUCGGAGCAGGCUCUAAAGCGGCUGGCUUAUCAUCAUCCACCGAUAGUGAAAAGGAAGGUAAGAGUGGCAGUGCUUCACAAUCACCCUCUCUGUAUCAGGCUGACCUUGAUGCUAUUGGCAGUGUUAUCAAGACAAUGAUUCAAACUGAACUGGCCCCCUUCACACAAGAAUUUAGUGCCAUUAGAGAAUCAAUUGAUUUUAUAUCAACCGAAUUCGAUAAUUUCAAGAAAGAACUUUCUGCUUUUAAAUCUAAUGUUAAAACUCUGACUGAAGAAAAUGCUAUUCUGAAAAGUGCCAAUUCCCAACUGAAAUCUGAACUGUACUCGCUUCAAGAAUAUACACGUAGAGAUAAUCUAAUUAUCACAGGAAUCCCGGAAACGGGUAGUGAAUCCGUUUAUGAUAUAUUUAACAAAGUGUCAAGCACAAUCAACAGCCAGCUGACAUCUGAAGACAUUAGUACGGCUCAUAGGCUACCAACUAAAAAUAAAGCAAAGAUUAAACCUUUUGUCGUGAAAUUUCUUCGUAGACAAGAUAAGGAAUCGUGGCUUACUAAUUUCAAAAACGUAUCAUCAAAGGACAGGGCUAAUCAUGGUAUUUCGACGAAGUCAAUCGAUAAUAUGUAUCCGGACGGCAAGGUGUUCGCUCAUCAACACCUUCCAGCACAUAUCCUGGAUCGGCUCAAGGUGGUGAGGGCCGUCGCCUUCCAAAAGGGCUACAAAUACGUAUGGGCAAGGCAGGAGAAAAUAUACGUCCGGAAAGAUGCUACCCAACAGGCAAUAUUGAUUCGUAGUAAAGAGGAUUUGAACACUCUAUGA